GCUCUUUGGUCUUGGCCAUGGUUGAGUUUGGAGUCUGACUGUUUGAGGCUGUGGACAGGUGGACAGAUAACGAGGUCAAACAGGUGCCAUUAAUACAGGUAACGAGUGGAGGCCAGAAGAGCUUCUUAAAGAAGAAGUUACAGGGCUACAGUUCAUAUGCCCAGCCUGCAGCCACUGACUCUACUAAUGGCCAGGCUGCCUCUUCUGCUGGUGGAUGUGCGCAACCACAGUAUGUAGCCUCAUGCGGACAUACAGCUGCACCAGCUGCAUAUGGAACUACGCAAGCUGGAGCUCAGGCCUGCAGCCAACCACCACUGGCCGAUCCGGCCUACAGCCAACCACCGCCCGAUCAGGCCUGCGGGCCACCACCGCCCGAUCCGGCCUACUGGCCACCACCGCCCGAUCCGGCCUACAGGCCACCACCGCCCGAUCCGGCCUGCAGCCAACCACCGCCCGAUCCGGCCUACUGGCCACCACCGGCCUACAGGCCACCACCGCCCGAUCCGGCCUACAGGCCACCACCGCCCGAUCCGGCCUACAGCCAACCACCGCCCGAUCCGGCCUGCAGCCAACCAUCGUCCGAUCCGGCCUGCAGCCAACCACCGCCCGAUCAGGCCUGCAGCCAACCGGCGCCCCCACCCGCUCAGGACUUCGGAACUUUUAACUCCACUGUGGCUGCUUCUGCUCAGACUGCUUGUGCUGGAUACGGCCAGCACGCUCAGCCAAGGAUCUGGGAUGGAGCGUGAGGGACCCCUAGAGCAGGACGGGUCUGAAAACCGCACCAUUUACAUCAGUGGGCUCACGGAGAAGGUUACGCUGGGGGGUUUGGCAGAGUUCUUCAAAGAUGUCGGCAAAAUCAGGAAAAACCCUCGCUUAGGCCAGCCAUCAAUCAACAUCUACACUGAUCGAGAUUCUGGUAAACCCAGGGGAGAUGCCAUUCUGUCCUAUGAGGAGCCUCGGUUUGCUCGAGCUGCAGUGGAACUGUAUAGUGGUCAGGAGUUCCAGGGGUUGAAGCUGAACGUGUCCAUGGCUAAGAGGAAGAACCCACAAGGUUUCAUGGGUCGAGGUGGUGAGAGAGGAGGAUCUCGCAUUCGUUUUAGAGGUCCACCAAAGAGAGUCGGAGACUGGGACUGUGAAAACCCUGGCUGCUGUAACAUAAACUUUGCAUGGAGGAGCAGCUGUAACAAAUGCAAAGCUCCCAGGUCAGAGAAGAUGCGCCCCCUUCUAGGCGGUAUGCAUGGAGGCUGGGGAGGUGAACCCGGAGAACAGGGAACAAGAAGAGGAAUGGGACCAGGAAAGAUGUACAUGAGGGAUCGUCAUGAGCGCAGAGAAAGGCCCUACUAAAGCUUUAAAAAAAAAUUUUAUAUAAAUUUUGUAACUUUUUUUAAAAUAAAAUUUUGAUAUGCAG